CUAGAGCCCAGAACAUAUGCUCUUUUCAGAUCCUAAAUGCUGUUUGCUUCCUCCCAUCCCCGGCGGCACUGGCUGCGAAGAUCCUGUGUCCCCCUCUUCCUGGCAGUCACUCGUGUUUGCUGCCUGGGAGUUGCAGGACGCUCCUUUCAGUCGAGGCUUGCAGGGCCGUUUCCAGUAGGGGAUUUCUAAUUUUAGGAGCCUCUGCCGCCUAUGGUUGAGUGCUGCCUUGCUGGAUCCCAGAAGACAGGGGCUGAGCUGAGCCGAGCCAGGCAGCUCCUUUUUAUUUUCAGCUGAGCUAGUGUCAACCUGAGUGGCCCCAGAGGCCCGAGCCAAGCACUGCGCAGGGCUGCCAGAGUCCUUCCCACAAGGCUCAAAGACGGAGACUCGGGUUUGAAGCUUCCAGUCCUGUGUCCAUUUGGCCUUUAGCUGGAGGAUCUUUGGCUAUGUAUGGUGUGUAUUGUAUGGAUUACCAAUACCCAGUAGUCCAGGGUAACCAGGAGCCAGCAGCAACUCCUGAUGCAAUGGUGCAGCCAUUCACCACAAUCCCAUUUCCGCCACCCCCACAGAACGGGAUUCCCACAGAGUAUGGGGUGCCACACACUCAGGACUAUGCAGGCCAGACCAGCGAGCACAAUCUGACGCUCUACGGGAGCACGCAGCCGCAUGGAGAGCAGAGCACGAAUACGGCCAGCACACAGAAUGGAUCUCUUGCACAGACAGAAGGAGGGGCACAGACAGAUGGACAGCAAUCACAGACACAGAGCAGCGAGAAUACCGAGAGCAAAUCCACUCCAAAACGACUUCAUGUGUCUAACAUUCCCUUCCGUUUUCGAGAUCCUGACCUUCGGCAGAUGUUUGGGCAAUUUGGCAAAAUCCUUGAUGUAGAGAUAAUCUUUAAUGAGCGUGGCUCGAAGGGAUUCGGGUUCGUAACUUUCGAGAAUAGUGCUGAUGCAGACAGGGCCAGGGAGAAAUUACACGGCACCGUGGUAGAGGGCCGUAAAAUCGAGGUGAACAAUGCCACAGCACGAGUGAUGACCAAUAAGAAGAUGGUCACACCUUAUGCAAAUGGUUGGAAGUUGAGUCCUGUGGUUGGAGCGGUGUACGGCCCUGAGUUAUAUGCAGCUUCCAGCUUUCAAGCAGAUGUCUCGCUGGGCAAUGACGCCGCAGUGCCCCUGUCAGGAAGGGGGGGUAUUAACACUUACAUUCCUUUAAUCAUUCCAGGCUUCCCCUACCCAACUGCAGCCACUACAGCAGCCGCAUUUCGGGGAGCCCAUCUGAGGGGCCGAGGAAGGACGGUGUACGGGGCAGUCCGGGCAGUACCUCCCACAGCCAUCCCUGCCUACCCAGGAAUAGUCUUACAGGAACCAAUCAUUAGCGCUAAAAUACCUCAGGGUGGGUACGCAGCCUACAGAUAUGCACAACCUGCUACUGCAACAGCAGCCACGGCCGCUGCAGCCGCUGCAGCAGCUUACAGCGAUGGUUAUGGCAGGGUGUACACAGCAGAUCCUUACCAUGCCCUUGCCCCUGCCGCUAGCUACGGAGUUGGAGCUGUGGCGAGUUUAUACCGAGGUGGCUACAGCCGAUUUGCCCCCUACUGAAGUGACGUGAGCCCCCUGCAAGUGGGACAGCCCCCCCAGUUCAUGAGGCCUGGCUAUUGCAAUAUUUACUAGUAGAGGAACUCUAUAGCAAGAUGAGGAGGAAAAACAAACAAAAAAAAAAAAAAAACAAAAAAAAAAAAGAGAAAAUACUUUUUUAUACCUCACUAUGUUCUUUGAAUAUGUAUUUUUUUUUCCUUUAAAUUUCUGCCUUUAAUUCUUUUGUUCCAAAGAUUGUGCAUUUUUUUUUUGUUUGGUUUCUUUUUCUUGUUUUUGGUUUGUUUUUUUUUUUUUUAACUGUGGUAAAAAUAAUGCAUUUCCGUGUCUGUAUGUUGGUGCAUAGCUUAUCCUACCAAUCACGGAAAAGGCGAUUAGCGAUAAGGAAAGCUGUUAAAAACCGAUAUCAUGCAAUUAAUCAGGAGCACACAGACAGAGUUACUUCCCUGGGUCUGGUGCUUGAUGCCUCUGAGACAGGAGGAUGUGAGGGAGAAGUCUCCACCUGCCGUGUUUCUGGUCUACAGAAGGAAGAAUUCUUUGGCUGUCGCUUGGACCUACAUGCUGGUGGGAAAUAGUCAUUUACAUUUGGAAACGGGGGAAAUGCAGAGACUUUCCUCAUUUUUAUCACCAUCUGCCAUGCACAGGUUUGGGACAGUUUCAGCAGUGUCAGGAUUUUUUAGACUUGUCAAGAGAAGAUUUCCGAUUUACUCAACCUGCCCAAAGACUUUGGCUGUUAUCUGCUGUACAGGGGACAAGACCUUGAAAGGAAUUUUUGAUGAGGAUGAUCUUUUCCCACACACACUUAUUCUAGCUGCUUGUUGUCCAUUGCUGGUGGCUGUAACUAUCUUUAGUUUUCCCUCCUGCUUUCCAAGAUUUUUCUCCCUUGCUGUCCCUUUCCUCCCUUUCUUCCCUCGAAGAGUGGCAGGUGGAAUGCAGCAUCACACAGAGUACCUCUGUUGUGGACAACAAGCGGUUAAGUUUGCAGAGGUGAAGCAGCCUUGCAGAGGAAGCAAGCUAGAUGAAGAACCAAGCACAGUGCUCAGGUGCUCCGAGGUCCAGCGUGCAAGGUCUCUCCUGUCCACUCUGAACUGCCUGGGCUUUUCCUCAAGUAAUCUGUUUGACAUUAACACGAGUGAGGGAAAAAUAGGUCACGAAUAAGCUGCUGAGGCAAGGGCCAAGCAUGUGGGUUUGUGUGGGGGAAGAGGGUCUUUUAUAUCUAAACGUGAUCCUGAGGUAGUUUUGUUUCAGUCAGGAGUUUAAGAGGAGGCAGAAGCAGUUUGCUUAAGCUAUGAAUACAUAGGAACUUCCAGGCCCUUAUGUAAUUCUGCUGGAGCCCCUGAGUCUGUUUUGCCCAGCUUCUCAGAGAAGGCCAUGCUCCUGGUCUACUGAGUCCAUAUAGACACUACAUGUUACAAUAUUUGGAAGCAGAGAGACUGUUUAGGGGAGGGCUUCGUGACUCCCACAUCUCUCUUCUGUUCUUAUCUACAGUAAUUUUGCUGUGUUUCAAAGUCAGCAUUUUUAGAUGACUGCAUGAGCUGUGCUGUGAUAGGGAGCUGCUGCUUUCCAGACCUCCCUGCUCCACUGCUGGCUCCGAGAGUGCUCCCAGUAACCUGAGUGCUCAGAGACAGGGCCUCUAACCACAGGUUAGAGAAAUGCAGAAGUGUGGUUUUAUUAGGCUGCCUUCACUCCUUUGGUUGGUACUGGGGUGAACUCACUGACCCCUGGAAAGGCUGCUCGGAGUGUGGGCUUGUUUGUGGGACCUCUGCAACUCUUGUCAUGUACCUACUCCUCCAUCCUCUCCUGAUACCACAACAGGAAACCUCCUGCGUUUAACACUAAGCAGUGGCAACCAGCAGAGCUCCUGGGGAGGUUAUUCUGGCCUAGCUACACACAAACACACAUUUUUUAGCUCUUCCCCAGUGACAGACGUAGCCUCUCUGUGUGCAGCAGGGAGGAGACACCUAAAAGGGCAAGAAUGGGGAAGCCAUUAGUUAAGCUAGAGACCCUACAACUAUUGUUUCUCUGGAAGAAUAGCUAGAUAAGGGGACACCAAACUGCCAGCCUGUUGGCCACAUUGUAUUUUUUUUUCCUGGUUUUAUUGUUGGUUUUUAACUAUUUUUUUUUCCAAGCCAAAGUUUGGUUUGUUGCUGUUAUGACAAUUUUUUGUUGUUGUUUGUAUAUAAAUAUUUUAGUUAGCUUGAAAAUGGGAAGGGGGGAACAGGGUGUUGGGGCUCUCACAAAAUCUAGGAAAUGAGGGGGACUCGGGGGUUUUUGGGGGCUUUUACUGUCUGAAUUUGGGGUAGGGGAGGGAGGACUUGUGGUAGAAAUAGUGAUAUCCAAGGGGAGCCAUUUCCACCGGAGGGCAGCCAGGGGACUUCUGGAGCUGAGAUGCAGCAAAAGCCUCUACUGGACUUGUUGUACCCACCUGUGGGGCAGAGAGGCUGAGCGGGGCCAUCCCUUCCCUUGCCCACAGGCAGUUCCUCAUGCAGCAAAUCCGCUGGCUGUGAGUGAGAGGGGCACAGCUUGCCAAGCCUGGCAGGGGCAGCUGCUCGCCCCUCUGCCCCCUUUUCUACAUUUCAGUUCAGCUGGUUCUGACUGCAGCUCCGAAAAAGCUGGGUUCUCCCCCCCCAAGUGCCCUCCCCUACCCUGGCAGUGCUGCCUGCAGUCCUUCCCCCCUACCCCUAUCCCUCCACUUGGCCUCUCUGGGAGUAGGGAGGCCAUUUCUGCCUCCGAGCAGAGUCUAUGCAUGGUGGCUUCAGGCCACCCGAGUAUAUUAGGAGCGUGAGGUGUUUCGUGCAGAAGCACCCAACCUUUUUGCGAGGCCGAGGUCUCCUGCUGCAUGACCCGCUCCAGACCAUCCAGCCUGAUUUCCUCCUCUGUCCCAGUCUGGCAUGCUCUGGUUGCUUCCCUGCCAGGCUUCUCCAGUGCGUUAACCAGCUGGUGUCUCCUUGACUCUGUAGUUAAUGCUGCAAGAUUCCUGCUGAGGCAGCUGACUGAUAGCCUGCCCGGCUUCCUGCCCGCAGCAGGGAAUGCCGAGGCGUUUGCAUGGCUGGGGGCUGGAGGUACCUUGCUGGUUCCAGGUCUCUGGAGCACCAGACCUCCCAAAAACUUAACAUACCAGCUGGAGUUUCGCAGUGAGAUAUCUCGAGUGAGUGUUUUGCCGUGGUAGGAGAGCUAUUCAGCUUCUCUUCCCUCUUGGCAAAACAGCAGCUCUGGUUUCACUCAGUUGUGUUACGAACUGGCUUGAGAUGUAUUCAGAGCAGCCAAGCCGUGGCUGUAUCCAUCUUCUGAAGUGAGGACAAAGCCUAUAUCUCCCUAUGCAAAAUGAAUAACAAUAAAUUAAACUGGGCCCUGGCUUAUUUGACCAAUGGCAGCUGAUGCGUGUCCCCAGGAUGGGUCUGCAGUCACGGGUCCCUCUCAGAGUAGGGCUUCACUUUCCAAGGGAAACCACACAGGCAGCCUGGCAAAGAUCUUGUUGUUGGUCACCUUCUAGUCUGGUGGCAUCCAGAAUUCCUCUUGAUGCAGAGAAAAAUGUUUCUUUAAGUGUUGCUGUUUGUACUGUCUUUCAACAGGUCUGGUCAGCACAUGAUACUGAUACUGUAUCAUUUCAGUACACCAUAUUGUACUGAUAGAGUUUUGGAUUGAAGGGUUGAUUUAUUUAAUGUGCUGGUCUGUCUUUCCUUCUUGGUUACACCUGUGCUGGUACAAAGAUGAUUCGUUCUGGUAUAGCAUAUUCUCUGCUGAGAGUAAUUUAGAUUGAUGCAUAAGGGUGGCUGCACUGUUGUCGGUGGGUUAACUUUUUUAAGAAAAACCAUGAUGAGACCUGGACGCAGUGGGGAGGUCAGUGUGAGCCUGCCAUAGCCAGCUAUUCCGAGGUUAAGCAGUUAAGUGGAUCCUUUGUCAUGAGUUCAGAUGGACAGAGCCAUGUUUUAAAUUAGCUGUGGCUUUGCUGUUUCAGUGCCCAAGAGAGUUUCAGUGCUAACUCAGGAGUCAGAGGCCUGUGCUUUGGUCAGGGCUCUGUCUGUGGUCCUCAAGGGUCAUCAUGGAGCAGUUGUGUCGCUGUUCCAGGCUUCACUUCCCCGUCCCUCAAGUGAAGCGAAGUGAAAGUUUACCCCCUGUUCUCACCCAUUUUGAGAUCUGUGGAUGUGAAGUGUGCAGCAGGCACUGAGGAGGGUGACCUGAGAAGCUGGCUCGAGUGCUAGUUGUGAAAGGGUUAAUGAAGCCAUUUCCUUGUCUGAAAAGAGAUGGUGGCUUCUGGGGUUGAAAUUUACCCAGAGCUUCCACAGCAGGGAAUACAAAGUAGAGCCUCCAAGUUCCUACCUAUGUUUUCCCCGAGACUGUCCCUGUAUGUAUUUCCCAUCCUGGCCCCAAAGAAGGAGGCAAGUGGAGAACAGGUUUGGGGAGCACUUAGGAAUUCAAUAAAGGGAAAACCAAACAACAGCUCUGGGGAAGCUUUUGCUGAGUCUAGCUCCAAAGGGAAAGCACACGGGCAGGGUGGCAGAUGGCUGCCUGCCUGUGGCCCUCCAGCUCGGCAAGGUCAGGGGAAUGCUGUCCUUGGUGCAGAGGGGUGCUUUUUUAAAAGUGUGUUACCUGUUUGCACUGUUUUAAAAUAGGAGGGUGGGGGGUAAACCCAACCUAGUGAACAAGAUGAACAUCCAAUGUAAACUUCUUUGUGUUUUUAUUUUGUCAUGCUCUUGGAAAAUGUCAAACAUUUUGUAGUAUACACCAGUGAGACUUGAUUCUUUGUUGCAUAAAACACUAUUUUUGGUGAUGUUAAUGUCUGAAAUGCCCCGUCCCUCCAUCCCCACCUUACUGAUUGUCCUCUUCACCCUCCAACCCCGGUAAACUUCUCUUCUGCAAUGAAAACUCCAGUCAACAAGACAGGCAGGAGUCUGAUAGCUAGAGUGUGAAAUGGGGCCCUUUUCAAGCAGGCUCUGGGUUUCUCCCUGGUUCGCUUUCCUCUAGCCAGGAGUUGGCAGGAUAGUCACCAUCCAUCCCUCUGCAGCAUGUGCUCCGGUGGCAGCUUAAGCAGGGCUUGGGAUGUCCAAGUCCCAACUCCGUUGCCAUUUGUAACCCUGGAAGGCAAUUCCUUGCCGGUGGUUGCCCUCUCGGGGUGGCAAGCUGCAGCUGCUCCAGGUCUGUGCAGGAGACAAGCUUCCCCCGCUGCCUCUCAACUCGUAGUAGAACGCAUCAGCCCAAAAUCUUGCCUGAUUUCACCAGGAGAUUGCUGGUGUCUGAAGCCGUCCACCCAAAUACUCAUUUGGCUGGCAGUUAGCAAAAUGCCAGUUCAUCUUAGGAAUGGGUUUUUCUUUUGUUUUUUGAAGUGGGUCAAUAAAUCUCUUGCCAGAUUCCUAGUUCUCUGCUGGUGGAGGGGCUUGUAGCUUCCCCGAGGAAUGAAUUUCGUACAGAAAUCAAUCUCGGUUUUGAUUGUUUUUCUAAUUUUUUCUUUUCACAGUAUUUUCUGUGUGCACGCGUGUUGUAGUUUUGGCAGCUUGAUUUGGCUGCAUUAUCAAGUGACGAAAUAUUCCUCUUUUAUCCCAGGGGAUAUGAUUUGAUUUUUGGCUUUUUCCUUUUUUUUGUUUUUUUUCUUGUUUUCUUUUUGUUUGGUUGCUUUUGGUUUUUAAAAAAAUAUUAUAAAUCCUGCUUGUAAAUAGCUGGAGCUAAAACGUGGGGCUGAUAGCAAAGUGAGAACCAGGGCUGUAGAGCGAUAUGGAGCUGGUGGAGUAUUUUACUGACCUCACAGGCUGAUCUACUUGAGACUUGGAGAUUUUUUUUUUAAAGUGCAAGGCAGAGAUGCCGUGGCACCUCCAGUGGCAGCGACGGACUUGCCCCUUCACGUGGUCUCCCCAGCACCUCCCAAUGCCAGGUACCGCUGGGGAACAGGAUGUGUCCUGGGUAGGAUGCGUUCCCUUUCCCCUGGAUCAUUUCCUAGGACGCCCGAGCCGCUUGCCCAGGGUCCCAUUUCCCUGCUGACUCUGGAGAAGCAGUAUCUGCAUCCCAGGGCUUUGUGACAGCCUCUAACUUCCCGCCCUCCCUCGUUAAGUAUCAUAUUGUAUAGUAGCUUUCAGACCAUACAGUAUUCAUUGGGUUAUUCCUAUUAUUAUCAAGUAGCUGGAAUUGUGAAGGUCAGAGUAGUUAGAUCUUUAGCUUUUAUUCCUUUUUUUUGUAUUACUAUCCAUGUGUAUAAAUUAUUGAUCAUGUUGCUGGCUUUUAUAAACUCUAAGCAAGGGGGGAAACCCUUCCUAACCCUUUGCAAAUGGUAAUGAAGCACUGUUUUUAAAUAAAAGAGAGAAACACCA